AUGGAUACCGCGUGUCAUCUAAACUCAACCGACAUCACAGGAUCUAAGCUCGAAGCGGAGAUCUCCAACCGCUGCUCUGUCGCUACUCCAUCCGCCGACGGCAACUACGUGGAGCUGGAGGACAGCACAAAGGCGGUCGGGGUGCAGGUGGUCCUCAUCCUGGCCUACAGCGCCAUCAUACUGUUCGGCGUCGUUGGAAACUCCUUGGUAAUAUAUGUCGUCUACAAGUUCAGAAGUCUGAGGACCGUCACCAACUUCUUCAUCGUCAACCUAGCUGUGGCAGACUUGCUGGUGAAUACCCUGUGCUUGCCCUUCACUCUCGUCUACACUCUGUAUGGAGAGUGGAUGUUCGGGCAGGUGCUGUGCUUCAUGCUGCCUUUCGCCCAAGGCAUGGCCGUCAAUGUCUCCACCAUUACUCUGAGCGUCAUUGCCCUGGACCGCCACAGGAGCAUAGUUUACCACUUGGAGACCAAGAUAUCCAAAGACAUGUGUGCCGUGGUGAUCGUAGUCGCUUGGGCCGUUAGCGGCCUUUUGGCGAGCCCCCUUGCCAUCUUCAGAGAGUAUGGUAGGUUUGACCUUUCCCCCGGGCAGUCCAUCCAGGUGUGUACGGAGACGUGGCCCGGGAGUAGCAUGAACGGCACGAUCUACAGUAUCUCCAUGCUUCUGGUUCAAUACGGCCUACCGCUGACCGUCAACUCCUUUGCCUACAUCCGCAUCUGGAUUAAACUGAGGAACCGAAGGAGCCCCAUGGGCCUGAGUGACCGUCACCGGCGCAAGAAGAAAACCACCAAAAUGCUCGUGACGGUUUUGGUGGUUUUCGCCGUCAGCUGGUUGCCGUUCCACGCCUUUCAGUUGGCAAUUGACAUUGACAGCACUGUUCUGGAAAUGAAGGACUUCAAACUGCUCUUCACCGUUUUUCACAUCGGCGCCAUGUGCUCCACGUUCGUAAAUCCGAUCCUCUACGGCUGGAUGAACAUCAACUACAGGUCGGCCUUUCUGUCUGUGUUCAAAUGCACGGCGCCCUUCGGUUCGAGCUCCAGAAGCAUGGCGAGCAGACAGACGCAAAAGGAAAAAGACACGGCUUGUACAGAUAUCAAAGGCACAAACGUCUAA